AUGCCUUCCAUCCUCUCAGUCACGAUCCAAUCCGCCAUUCUCAAGGCCGCCGCAAACUUCACAGCCCAAACGCUCACUCUGUGGAACGUGCAGUCCCUUGACUCAGUGAACUGGACCCGCGUUGUUGAGUUUGCGAUAUUUGGUAUUGUGUCCGCGCCGCUGGCAUCAGUGUGGCAGCAAUUUCUCGAGGAUAGUUUUCCCAGCGUAACGAAUGUCAGCUUGGCACACCCAGAUUCUGACCUGUUCAAUGACUCCUCCGAGGAACCCGUCGCCGCCGAAGAAAAGGCGAAAUCAACAGCAGAACUCAAUUGGCGAAAUACUUUGACAAAGCUGAUUCUGGAUCAAACAGUCGGCCAGUUCGUCAUCAACCUCACGUUCUUGAUCUGCACAAACAUUUCACAGCUUCAGAGCUGGCACUCGCUCCUCGAGGAGGUUCAGACGCGCAUCUUCAGUAUCAUCUGGGCGAGUUGGAAGGUGUGGCCAUGGGUGGCUCUGAUCAACUUCAUAUGGGUUCCAGUCCAAUGGAGAGUGACUGUAACUUCGUUGGUCGGCUUCUGCUGGAACGUCUUUCUGAGCACCUGGUCAAUGCAUGACAAGCCAUAG